AUGGCAACCUGUUCAACUAUGAUGUUGGUCAUAGUGAUUUGCAGCACAGUUAUAUGGCAAGUUAAUGGUUGUAGUGGAAGGGAUUCCAGAUGCGGACGUGACGGCCCGCGGAUCCGAUUUCCCUUCCGACUUAAAGACAAUGAGACAGAAAAUGGGUGCAGUUAUAGAGGCUUUGAUCUUACUUGUUCAGACACACACAAAACACAAAUUGAGCUUUCUUCACAUUCUGGUCCAGUUAUUCUCCAAGUCAUAAGCAUAGAUUAUCCCCGGCAAUCUCUAACCUUAUCUGACCCAGAAAAUUGCAUUCCAGGACAGUUUUUAAAGCUCUUUCAAUAUCAAACCUCUCAUUUCCAAUCACAAACUUCUCCCUUUCAAUUAGUGGAGUUUUACAAUUUUACUUAUAACUUCACUUUCCUCCACUGUAGCUCAAUACCCUGCCCGGUUCAAGUUGUUGAGUCUUCAAAAACUCUCCUUGAUUCGGGUCUGGAUCCGAUACUCUGGACCAAGACUUUAGAUGUUAUUUCUUCACCCGUCUACCCGCCAAUAGAUAUGGAAUAUCAGAAUUACUUGCAACUGACAUGGUCAAAACCCAACUGUAGUAAGUGUGAAAUACAAGGUAAGAUGUGUAAACUGAAAAACAACGGAACAGAAGAUGAGACUGAAUGUUUUGACCGUCAUCACAAACCUACUAAGAAAAUAAUUCUAUAUGUUACAGUUCCGUUCGUUGGUUUGAUUCUGGUGACAUUGAUUCUCACAGCAUGUUUACGUGUGUAUAGCUAUUUUAAAAUGAAAAGUGAGGACGAGACUAGAAUUGAAAAAUUCUUAGAGGAAUACAAGGCGCUCAAUCCUGAUAGAUUCUCGUAUGCGGAUAUAAAGAGAGUUACGAAUAAUUUUAGAGAGAAGUUGGGUGAAGGAGCUCAUGGAGCAGUUUUCAAAGGUAAACUAUCAAAUGAAAUUCUCGUGGCUGUGAAGAUGCUUAAUAACACAGAGAGUGAUGGAAAAGAAUUCAUUAAUGAAGUGAAAGCUAUGGGAAAAGUUCAUCACAUUAAUGUGGUUCGCUUGCUUGGAUUUUGUGCUGAUGGAUGCUAUCGUGCUCUUGUUUACAAUUUCUUUUCUAACGGUUCGUUACAAAAAUUUAUAACUCGACCGGAUGAUAAGGACCAUUUUCUUGGUUGGGAGAAACUACAUCAAAUUGCUAUUGGCAUAGCCAAGGGUAUUGAGUAUCUUCAUAUGAGUUGUGAUCAACAAAUUCUUCACUUUGAUAUUAAUCCGCACAAUGUGUUAUUGGACGACAAGUUGCUUCCCAAAAUUACAGAUUUUGGUUUGGCUAAAUUGUGUUCUAAAGAUCAAAGCGUUGUUUCAGUAACUACUGCAAGAGGAACUUUGGGUUACAUUGCACCAGAAGUAUUUUCUAGAAACUUUGGAAAUAUAUCGUAUAAAGCAGACAUAUAUAGUUAUGGGAUGUUACUAUUAGAAAUGAUUGGAGGAAGAAAGAAUAUAAGUCAGUUGUCUGAGGAAAAUUCUCAAGUUCUAUAUCCAGAAUGGAUUCACAAUCUCUUUGAAGGGAAAGAUAUGCAAGUGAAAAUUGAGGGAGUAGAGAAUGAUAUAAUAUUAAAGAAACUUGCAAUUAUAGGACUUUGGUGCAUUCAGUGGCACGCAAUAAACCGUCCAUCUAUAAAACUUGUGCUUCGAAUGUUAGAGGCUUUAGAUGAAGAAAACUUGGUUGUGCCCCCAAACCCUAUUAACUCAAAUACUAUCAAAGUUGCUGAAAUUCCGACUAAUUACUCAACCUUAGAGUUGGAAUCUAUACAUGAAUGA